UAUAUCUACUAGGCCUAUUUAUUUUCAAUUCUAGUAUUUAUUACUAACUGUUUGUACUUCAUUCAAUAUUCAGUGGUCUAAUUACUUAAUUCUGACACACCGCGCCAUUAUUAUCAAUAAUCUAUGGGACUAUAAGGCACCACCUACAAAUCAAAGAAUGCUGAACACUACUGUAAAAAGAUAAGGAUGUUUUGGAGAAAACCAGAAUUAGAGUAAGGUUAUGUCAAAUAGUAAACCAGAAGGGAGUCUCCGUCAACUGCCACCUGGCAAGCUGAGCAGUAUUAAAAAAAUCUUUGAAGAUGGUGAUAAUGCAUCCCAAGAAAAGGCAGAAAAACCUACAGCUGCAAUCAGGACCCCUGAGUUAACCAACCGUGUCAGAUCACCCAUUCGACAACCAGCAAUUAAGAAAUACCCAGCACCAAGUGUCCCUGGGCAGCAAAAACCUCAGUCGAGUGCACAGCCUGUCGUCCAAGCUGGAGAUGAUACAAGAAAAACUGACCAGGCUCAACCCAAGGACAGCCAUAAACCAAGCCCUGCCAUUUCUGACAGGAUCUCUUCCUACUUAGGCAAUGUCGCCUCUAAAAAUGAUGUCUCAGGAGGCACAGAGAAAACAACAGCUGUUCCGCCCCCUAAACCGAUGUUACGGCAGAAAAUCAGCCACAGCAGCACUGAAUACAACUCUGGUAUCAGCAACCCUUUGUAUUGUGUUAGUAAUGAUAAGGUACAACCUACGAAAGAAGUGAGUGAUCUUUAUGCCAAAGUCAAUAAGCCGAGCAAAAACGUAGAAAGCUCACCAAGGAAGGUGAGUUUUCUUGAAGAAACAAACCAAUGGCAAAGAAGAGAAGCAGUGAAAAAGAAUUCUGAAGAGCGAAGAAAAACGGUUGCCUCAAUUGAGACAGAGUUAGGAAAUAUGUCUCCGAGACUAAAAUUUGGUGAUGCUCAAAGAGCAGAUAAGCCAGCACCACCAUUGAAACCAGAUUCAGUGAGACGACAGUACAGCAUGAGAACAACAAGGGAAUACGAACAACAGUUAGAGAAACAGCACGAACAAAGGAACAGAAGCGACAGUGAUUCGCAGCAAGAGUCUGUGUAUAGCCCACCGUGGGAUACAACUAAAAGCAAAGUUCUUGAAAACCUGAAGAAAUUCCAACCACCCGCUCAUUUACCUUCUAAGUUAGAUAAUCAGAUCCCGCCUAAAUCUGCAUCCCCACCUCCCAAGCCACCGCUACCAAACCAAACACCAAAGAAAAUGGAUACUCAAGCUCCGAAACCUUCUCAUGAAGAUGCUGCUAAUGAAAUAUCAGCAUCAAGCACUCCAGGUAAAGUCAAACCUGCAGAUGAGGCUUCAGAACCUGCUGCCAAGGCUGGACCACCACCCAAACCUCCUCGAACACAUGCGCAUGAUGAUUACUUAAAAGUCAAGGUCACAGAGAGCCGAGGUCGUAAGGUGUCCAUUUCUGACUCGGGCGGAGUCAAGAGUCAAGUGGUCAUUGAAAGUGAUGUAACAGCAAAUGGCACACCGGCGGAGCUGGAGAGUGUCUCUGUAAAAGACAGGAUUUCCAAGAUGCAACAGCAGACAGAAUCGGGACCACCACCUUUGCCAUCUGUGGCUUUUUCCAAUGCCAGUAAAGAUCAAAAUGCUGUCACCAGGCGUCACCAACCCCCUUCAAGGCCGCCGCCACCAAAGCGCCGACCCAACUCAGGAGGCAGUCCGGUUACAGUUCAAACAACUCCCCAGACCAUUCCAAGGCCCUUCACUCAACAAUUAAGUCACGAAGGGCCUGUCAUCAUACCCAUCUCACCAAACAGACAGAAUUUCUCUGAUGAGAGCCACCCUCGCAGUCCCACCGAUCAGCUCCCCCUAGAACCAGGCCAAAGUAACUCACUGACGAGGUUCCCUCUGAGAAAAAGCUACAGCUCUGAAUGUCUUCAUUCUAGUCAAGGCAGCCUGUUAGAUGUUGAGGAUACUGAGAACGGGCGGGACAUGGCCAAAAGCUUUUACGACUAUGAAUACGAGGCUGUCCUCGACCCUGAUGGCUACGCCAUACCACAUGAGUUUAUGAAGCUGCCAGGGAAGCAGAAGUUUUCUACACAAAACACGGGUAAGGACACGUCUUCCAAAAAAUUGCUGACUCUACUGCGGCCCAACAAAGAUUCCAGCCAGAAUGAGAGCCAGGUCACCACGGCUCAGGAUCAAAUUUUGGACAAGGUGACCAAGAAAAAAAUGAUGAUGGUGAAACAAAAAAUUAAUCAAGCAUAUGCUGAUGUCAGCUUAAACAUCAAAUGUGCAGUUGAAACCCCAGGGCAAGAGGAUUGGGUGCAUGUGGAGAGGGAUACAGGAGGAACAGACACAGAAGAGGCAGUAGUUGAACCAACUGAAAUAAAGAAAAGAGUUGAUUACUGCUCAUCAGUUCGACUCAAAUCUACCAAGAGCAUAAAGAAGAGCAAAGAGUACUUGGAUGCCAUCUACCCUCAACUGUUUGAAUACUGUUUGAUUGUUGGUCUGCAGCCAAUGAAGGACUCAAGUGGUUUUGAGCCUUAUGUUAUGCAUAAGUUUCCAGAGAAUUAUCUUGACUAUGCUGUGGUUUCCAGCAACUUGUCUGUUCCAAGUUUUUGUUUUCCUGAUGCUUCUAUUUUUAAAGUUGGUUCUGUAACAUCUCUAAGUGAAUCUUAUUCUUUUGUCAUGACACAUGCUGAUGGCUCUCGAGUGUUUGGCUACUGCAGAAGAAUACAGCCAUCAGAUGUAAGCCUACCUGAAGUAAUUUGUAUCAUCAGUCCUAUAGAUGCCUUCAACAUGUACAAUACAUUGUUGAGUGAAAUAGAAAAAAGACGUAGGAUAUCCUCUGACCUAGCCCAUGAGCUCAUCGCUGCAUCGUUUGGCCGACCUCUCCCGAAACCUGGCAAGAUUUGCCACAUAAGGACAUUGGACAGCAACAGUGACAUGGAGACCAUUUUCUUGAGCCGUCCGUCAGACCAUAGGCUUGAAAAUGUGAACUAUGAGAGUCCCCUCUACUACUUAGGCACUGACAAGUUAGUGAAGGUGUUUUCAUCAAUCGUCAUGGAGAGGAGAGUUCUCUUGUGUUCUAGUAACCUCAGUGUGCUGACACAGACUGUCCAUGCCCUGGCAGCUCUUCUCUACCCCUUUCACUGGCAACAUGUGUAUGUGCCUCUCCUGCCUCCAGAGAUGCUGGAUGUUGUGUGUGCACCCAUGCCUUACAUCCUAGGUGUGCUGUCAGCUUUCUUACCUCAAGUACUGAAGAUGGAUGUUGAGGAGGUGUUUAUUGUAGACUUGGACAAAAAGAGCAUAGUGAAAUCUCAAGGUGACGAAUCAACAAUUCUACCUCGUAAAGUUCAGAGAGCAUUAAAGACAGCCAUCAACAUGUGUAAAAUUGACUCAGAGGCACAGAAUGCCCAGUGGCUAAUGGUGGCAGAGGCUUUCAUCCGCAUGUUCAUAGAAACCAUAGGCCACUUCAACAACCAUCUCAAGACUCAGCAGGACGGCAACAGAAUCUUUCAGAAAGAGAACUUCAUCAUCGAGGUGGUGUCUAAAGAAGUGAGGCAGUUCCUGGAGUGGUUCACAGAGACCCAGAUGUUUGAGAUGUUUGUGGAGCAGCACAUUGAAAAAACUGAUGCAGGCACCAGCGGUUUGUUUAUGCAAAGGUUGAUAGAAUAUAAGGAGUCUAAAGAAGAGACCAUCAAACACAAAGGCCUGGGGGCAAAGGUCAAACAUCUGGGUAAAGCUCUCAAAACAAAACUCAGCUAAUUUUGGAUGUGGGCAGUGGAUCAUUUUGUCAAAACUCAGCUAAUUUUGGAUGUGGGCAGUGGAUCAUUUGUCAAAACUCAGCUAAUUAUUGAUGUGGGCAGUGGAUCAUUUUGUCAAAACUCAGCUAAUUAUGGAUGUGGGCAGUGGAUCAUUUUGUCAAAACUCAGCUAAUUAUUGCUGUGGGCAGUGGAUCAUUUUGUCAAAACUCAGCUAAUUUUGGAUGUGGGCAGUGGAUCAUUUUGUCAAAACUCAGCUAAUUUUGGAUGUGGGAAAUGGAUCAUUUUGUCAAAACUCAGCUCAUUAUGGCUGUGUUGAGUGGAUCAUUUAGUCAAAUGCUUGCUUGCUUUAAAAAAAAAAUUUGUUUUUGCUUCUUCUCCUAUAAUUUUGAUCUGAUUUUUGCCUGUGGUUGACAUUGAUCAAAACCCUUCUAUGUUCAAAAACAUUCUAUCCUGAAUAAGAUAAAAAUUAUUAACAAAAAUACUAUUGGCCACGAUUAUUUUUUUUAAAUUAAAAAAAAAAGUUGGCUGUACACUGUACUUAUUUGUUAUGGCAUAUGAAAAAAAGAGUGCACAGCUUAAUAUUGCAGCACCAUAAAGCUACACGAUCGAAUAAACUAUAUUAUAAGAUGCAUGACGUUAAAACCUUUCUAGUGGAGAGAGCUUGCAUGCUAAUGUUGACUGGCCUGUGUUAGGGCAAACAUUGAAAUGUUUGGGUUCAGGAAUUAUAAUUGGAUCUUCCAAAGCUUUCUUUGUGCUUCAGUGCUUAAGAAUAAUUUAUUUGUUUUAAUAAUUGUAUUAAUUGCAACUUACAAAUAUUUAUGUAAAAUACAUUUUGAAAAAUAUUUAUUAUUGCUUAUAAUUUUCGGAAGUGUUGUAAAAAUCAUUGUAGAUGCUUUUUUUCUAGAAGUUCUACAAUAUAUUUUUUCAGAACUGUUUAGCAAAUUAUGCUUAUUGAUGUUGAAUUUUACUGGAGUUAUUUUUCUGUUUAACUAGUGACUUUUAUCUAAAAACAACUUGGUCAGUAAUUAUAUUACAAUCUUUUUUGGACAUUCUAUUUAAAAUGAAAGGUAUAUUUUAAAGAAGGUGGUGUACUUAAUUUGUCAUGUCUUCUAAUUAAUUUUUUCUCAUAAUUGGAUCUGUUUAUCAUCCAACUGUAUAUUUAUUUUACUUGAAAAUUUUAGGAUUACAAAGUAAUUAUUUCUGUAAUGUAAUUUUUUUCAACUAUGUAGAUAAAAUACUUUUAGCUUUUGGAUACAUGCUUAUUACAUUGUUUCCUGUUUUGUUUACUUUAUUAAUUACAAGAUUGACACAAACGAGUCCACAGGCCUAGCAAAAAAUGUAAUGUUAACUGUUAGAUUCACUGUGUUGAAUGUUGGUUGUAUUUCAUUUCUUCAUUCCACUUCCCUUUUUACCACAUUAGUGCGUAUUCAUGUUGUUUCAAUGUUUAUGUUAGUUUUAAAAAUAGAAAUUAAUUACUAUCAAGACAUACUAAGCAGGGCCUAAUUGGAAAAAAAUAUGUCCUGAAUGAUAGUUGUUAGUUUUACUGUAUUUUAUGUUAGUUUUAAAAAUAGAAAUUAAUUACUAUCAAGACAGACUAAGCAGGGCCCAAAUGAAAAAAUAUAUGUCCUGAAUGACAGUUGUUAGUUUUACUGUAUUUUAUGUUAGUUUUAAAAAUAGAAAUUAAUUACUAUCAAGACAGACUAAGCAGGGCCUAAUUGGAAAAAUAACAGUUGUUAGGUUUACUGUAUUUUAUGUUAGCCGCAUCUCAUUUUAUCAUUCCAUUUCACUUUGCCAUAUCUCAGUCAUGAGCAGCCCAUCUUACAGUAAGUUCAGUAUUUUACAUAUGUACAUACCCUUCUAUUGCUCAUUCUGUACAGCUGUUUCAAUAAUGUUUUGUUGUAAUGCUUGAUCUGUCAUUUUAUCAAUCAUUUUGGUGUAUAUAUUUUUAAAAAAAUGUUUUUUUUUACUUCCUUUGUUGCAUAAGGGAUUAUGUUUCCUGCAUCGUGGUUACUUAAAAGCAUAAUUUAAUGAGUGGACUUAAGACAACUAAUUAAUUAAUUUAUUCUUGAAGUCCAAACUAUUUAAUUUUGUGUUCUCUUUAUAUCAACGAUUAAUAUUUUAAAUUAAUGAAAUAAAAAUGCUUUUGGAAGUUUUGUAUAAUUGAUGUUUAAUUUAUUGUGUGAGCUCAAAUUGUUUUAAUUCUUUUAUGAAAAAGAAUUUUUAUAUUUAAUUAAUUUAAUUUUGUUUUAGAGCUUUCUAGAUGCAAAUUGUGAAAUGUUUUAAGUUUUUAGCUCAUUUUUUAAAUUAUCUCCUAAUUUGACUGUUUAAAAUAUACUCAGUAGGAAUUUUAGUAGUCGAUCAAAAAAGUUUCUUAAGAUAUUUUUGUUAGGUAUGUAACAGAAUGUGUUUUUACAAAAUGUUAUUUGUUACUGGUGAUUGUAAUUGAUCUAUCCACAAUAUCUGCUGUUCUAUUUACCCCUUAACACAGGGUUAUUUAUAGCUUGUUUAAUGCUAAUUUCAGGGUUUACUGAAUAAAAUAUUUCAAGAAAGGUAACUACAAGUGAACAAACACCUUGUUUAGAUUUGGGUUACAUCAAGGAACAUUUCUGGUAUUUUAAGCUUCUAAAGAUUGACUCAUCUGUUAGAAAAUAUUCAACAAUUUUGUAAAAUUAAAAUUAAAUAAUGUUUAACAUUAAUGAGUAAUAGGGAUAUUUGUGCGCAAAGUUUUUGGUUUUCAUUUUAUUAGAAAUUAAAUUUAUUAUUUUUAACUCUAUAAUUUCAAUCUUGUUUUUAGCCUAAAAUCUUUGGUUAAAUUGUUUUUUAAUGUUACUUUUUGUUAACAAGAGGGUAUACGUAGUACAAAGCCAGUAACUAUUUUAGAAAGCUAUUUUGGUAGUUAAAAUUGUAUUGUUGUAGUGUUUGUAUUAAUGAUGUUUAACUCUAUGAAGGCCAACAAAUAUAUUUGGCUCACCUGCUUCUAAUGGAUUAGCACAAAUUUUAUUUUCCCUAGAAUGAUAUUAUGAUACUUCAACACUCAGUUAUUAAAGGAGUCAAUUUUUAAAUAUUUUUUUUUUAGUUAUAAUUAAACAAUCAAUGAGAUUGACUUUGUAAUUGGUUAUAAUUACUGAAAGGGAAAUCUUUAUUCAGUUGUUGAUGAACUAAGUUGGCAGACUGACAAGGUAGACUGGGAUGGGGGGGGAUUAAUUAGAUUUAUUACUUUUUGAGUAAGAUUAUCGGUAUUAAAACAAAAAAUACAUAGGAAAAACAAUUUUAUUUUGCUUCGAGUAAGGUAUAAAAAUAAAUACAAAAUUUAAUUUAUUUUGAGUAAAGUAUAAAAAAAAUUUAAAUUAAUUUUAAGGCAAAAAAAAAAGCAAUUUAUUUUGUUUGUAUGAAGGUAUAAAAAAAAACAUGAAAUUAUUUGUUUGUAUUGAGGUGUAAAGAACAAGAAAUCUAUAACACUUGAAUACAUGACAUGAGUUAGUCAGAUUUGGUCACCCAACAAACAACUGUUUUUGUUAAUAUCUGAGGCUUUAAAACUUAUUUGAAACUGUGAUAGAUUUUAUAUCUGACAGUCAAAUACAUAUCACAUAUGUUCAUAAGAUUGUAAAAUCAUUUUUAUUAUAACAGCAUAUAUUUUCAUCAAUGUAAGAUUUGUUUUAAUUUAGAAACUACUUUUCGCUUUUGAAAUCCAUAAUAUGAGGCUCUUCAACUAGAUUAAUGUAGUUUUUGCUAACUUACAAAAUAAGUACAUUUUGUUUUUCUAAUUUUUUUUGUACUGUGUAAUUUACUGCAAUAAGUGUUCAUUUAUAUUUUAUAUAAAUUAUACUUUCAAUUUGCAUUUUCAAAAAAUAAAAUUGCUA